GCUUUGCAGGUUUUUGGCUCAGUUCUGCAGUAGGUGGAGGUCUCUAGCAUCCCUGGCAUUGUGAUAUUGCAGCAAAGAGGGACAGCAGUGGGGUGCUGUGCUGUCUCGAGUGCUAUGAAAGCUUGCAUGGAAAGCUUAUUUGCUGUGCCCUUUAUGGCCAGAAAUCCGUACAGUAACAGCCCCAUCAAAGGAGACAGACUUUUUUUUUUUUAGCAGUGGUGUCUGAUUCUUCUGCUGCUCUUUGGAGCUGGAAGAAUUAAGGGAAAGGGAGGUAAAGCUGCCCAGCAGCUACAAGACUGGAGAACCGCAGCACCAUUAUUGGCAGGAAAAGUCAGAACUGAUCUGAACUGGCUCCUUAUCCCCAUCUCGUGCUGUGUAGUGGUGAAAGUUCCCUGCUUCGGGUGGUGGACUUUGACUCUUGUAGCUUAAAAGUAAAUGCAAAGGCUCCUCCUGCGCCUGAGGAAGGAACCAGGCUGAUCUGGCUGCUGGGAACGAUCACAGCUGUAUUGGGACUGUCCACGGGAGCAGACCUGCUCUGUCUAACCUCUGACAUGCCUCUCUCCAGCUUCAUCAAGGACCGCUCCAAGGCCGGCGCAUUGCCUAUGAAAAGCAAGAAGGCCUCCAGCUUUCAUGAGUUUGCCCGCAGUACCAGCGACGCCUGGGACAUCGGCGAUGACGAAGAUGAGGACUUUUCUUCCUCCUCUUCCUCUUUGCAAACUCUGAACUCUAAAGUGGCCAAGGCCACAGCAGCCCAGGUUUUAGAGAACCACAGCAAGCUGCGGAUGAAACCCGAGCGGGCCCAGUCUACUCUCGGUGACAUGCCCACCAACUGCAAGGUCAUCAAGUCCAGCAGUGAGGCCCAGCUCUCCAGGACUUCUGAGGAGGCCUGUGUGCGGACCCCCCUUCAGAAGCAGCAGUCCCUUCCCCUUCGACCUGUCAUUCCACUUGUUGCCCGAAUCUCUGACCAAAAUGCUUCUGGUGCUCCCCCCAUGACUGUGAGGGAGAAAACGCGGCUGGAGAAGUUUCGACAGCUCCUUUCCAGUCACAACACAGACCUGGAUGAGCUGAGAAAAUGCAGCUGGCCUGGUGUACCUAGAGAGGUCCGGCCUGUGACAUGGCGUCUCCUCUCAGGCUAUCUUCCUGCAAACUCGGAGCGUCGAAAGCUGACUUUGCAGCGCAAGCGGGAGGAGUACUUUGGCUUCAUUCAGCAGUAUUACGAUUCCCGGAAUGAGGAGCACCAUCAAGACACCUACCGACAGAUCCACAUUGACAUUCCAAGGACCAAUCCACUUAUUCCCCUCUUCCAGCAGCCACUCGUCCAGGAGAUUUUUGAAAGAAUCCUGUUUAUCUGGGCCAUUCGACACCCAGCCAGUGGCUAUGUACAGGGAAUCAAUGACCUGGUCACUCCGUUCUUUGUUGUGUUCCUCUCUGAGCAUGUUGAGGAGGAUGUGGAAAACUUUGAUGUGACAAACCUGUCGCAGGAUGUUUUGCGGAGCAUCGAAGCUGAUAGCUUUUGGUGCAUGAGCAAGCUGCUGGAUGGGAUACAGGACAACUACACCUUUGCACAACCAGGGAUCCAGAAGAAAGUCAAAGCUCUAGAGGAGCUAGUCAGCCGGAUCGAUGAGCAGGUACAUAAUCACUUUAGGAAGUACGAGGUCGAAUACCUGCAGUUUGCCUUUCGCUGGAUGAACAACCUGCUUAUGAGGGAGCUGCCUCUUCGCUGUACCAUCCGCCUCUGGGACACCUACCAGUCGGAGCCAGAAGGAUUCUCACAUUUCCACCUGUAUGUCUGCGCUGCCUUCUUGAUCAAGUGGCGGAAGGAGAUCCUAGAUGAGGAAGACUUCCAAGGCCUUCUGAUGUUGUUACAAAACCUGCCCACAAUACACUGGGGUAACGAAGAAAUUGGACUCCUGCUCGCUGAAGCCUACAGACUCAAGUACAUGUUUGCAGAUGCCCCCAAUCAUUACCGCCGAUAGGUGCCCAGACUUGACUCACUCCUCUCUCCCAUGCCCGCUCCGUCGUCCUGGCCCGAUCUGAUCACUGUGGCAUUUUUGUCAUCCCAAGUCCUUGGACACUCCAGCUGGGAGCUGAUCCUUGCUGUACAGAGUUCACAUCAACUCUUGACGUGUGCCUGUCUGCCACUCCAUGCGCCUGGAUGUGCCAUUUUGAUGACUGUCAGUAUUUUACACCAUGCUGGAGGCUCAAGCCAGGAAGGGAGGCCUUAAGGGGCUGGGGGAGACCAUGGAGGGAAGGUUUACAGAUAAGCCGGAGCUGAAGAUGAAGCCUUUCUGUCCUCUCCACUCCCUGUCCUGGGCUCGUCUGCCUCAUGUUAACCUGCACCACGUGCGCUACCCCAUCUGCUCCUUUCUCUCUUCUGACACUGUUUGCGCCAUCUCCCAGAUGAAAAUGCCUUAUCAGAGACCUGCCUGGCCGGAAAAUCCUUCCCCACGAGGGUGGCAGGGCAAGAAGUUUCUCUCAGGGCCUACCUUCGCUCCAAGGGUCCAGAGACCCCAAGCACUUUGUGGGUUCACAAGAGAGUCCCUCAUGCCUGCCCUCUCUCCUUCUCUCCAUCCUCUUCACCUACCUCUCCACCAGGGCAGCAGGGCAGGCAUGACAGGGGCGAUGAGCACUCCAUCCACAUACAGUUCGAAUUAUGUGUGCCAGCUUGAUGGAACUUUUGGUGACUGAUGUUCUGUGAGUACAGCCCCCUCCAGUGUGUGGGGGAGGUGCAGGGCGGGGCUGGUAGGGGAGCAAUAUCUCCCAAAAGCUCCUUACAAAGCCCCCACUCCUCCGGGGUGUUCUGUGUAUAUUGUGUUCUUGUGUAUAUGGGUCAAAGAUGUACAAUAUAUGUCUUCUCUUUGUAGCAGAUUUUAUAUUUAUAAUGUGCACCCCUUGUUCUCCCCAUCCUCUCCAUGCCCGAGAAGGAUGCCUGACUGUGGUGUCACAGGGCUUUGGACCACUCUGGAGGUGGGGGGGUGUUUCAGACCUGCAGGUAAUGUCUGUCCCAGUAUGUGCUUGCAGUGUUGGGUCUGCCAGGAAGAGGUGCCAUAGAAAUACAGAUCUCAAGGCAUCCCCUACAGACAGAAUUUGGGUGGUUAGAGGAGAUGGGAGCUCCCAGCAGGAAGCAGGGCAGAGCUGUGUCCAAGAAACAGGGUAUCCAGGCUCAUCAGCUGCUGGCAAGUACCUCUCUGAGCACUGCAGGGUGGAGACCUGCCAGUGCUGGCUGGCAGGACUCUACAGGGAGGAAUAAUCCUGGAUCCAGCACUGGCUGUCCCUGGCGCUGUCCAGCUCUGUGGACACAGCCUCCCAGGAAUGGCAAAAGGAUCUGGCUGACCUUUCUGCAUCUGCUUUUAAAUCAGUCAGGCUGGGAAUGUUUUAAUGCACCAUUUUCUUCCCAUGGGCAGAAACCAUCUGCCACGUGUGAAAGGCUGGAGUCAGGAGGGCGUGAGGGUAGGAGGGCAUUGGGCAGGAGGCCCAAUCUGGGCCACCUUGGGUUUCUCCCAGCACUCCUGCUGCCCCAUGAGGGCUGUCUUGGUGCGGAGGCUCUUGGUCCCUCUACUUUCCAUUUCUGUUCCCAGUGGAGAAAAAGCAGGGGGCAGCGAGGCUGGGGCCCAGCAUGUGACAGGCACAACCUUGUUGCCAAUAAAACUCCAAACAGUAUCUCAAGAAAUCA